AUGCGAGAGUUUUUGGUAUAUAGCAGAAGAGUAAAAAACGAUAUUUACUUCACGGUAGAGGUUUUACGAGCUUAUCAACUCGUUAUCAGCUGUCGAAGCUAUUCCACGCUUUACAAGGUCGUUCUCUCCCCGAGAACAGAUCGUAAUAACUUUGACAGCGAUCCCCACGAACUCAAAAAUCAUGCAAGCACUUUGUUAGUGCUCAAAAAGAAGGUUACAAGCUUCAGAAUAGUUGGAGCAUUCAACGACACCACGACUCUCCAUAGAGAAGAGUUUUCUGUCUUGCCUCGCUUGAAAAAAGCGGACCAUACUGGACUAUACAAGAACAGUUUACAAGAUGCUCACUAUAGUUUGCGGGGUUCCUCCCUCUAUGUAAAUUUGGAUAAAAUUUUUUACAUUUCCGCAAUUGAUAUGGCUGUGUCGUUCAAUCAUACUUUCUGUCAAAUAUUACAAAGUUUUAUGUAUGUAGACAAAUGCUCAGAACAAGAUCAAAUAGUUGAUGAAAAACUUCGAUUGUAA